AGGGCAACACCUAGAAAAACAACACGUCCCCGACGACGCGCCUCAAGCCCGUAAUAUGGGCGAAUUUUAACACUAAAAAUCUACUCGUUUUGGCACCUUACCCUUUAACACUACACGAGGUACUCGUUGGGUUGUGAUUCAGCUCGUUUUAACGGUCGUUUGAGCCAUGUCUCGGGGCGCGCUGCAGCCGAGCCAGCAGAAGCUGGCGGAGAAACUGACGAUCCUCAACGACCGCGGCAUCGGGAUGCUCACGCGCAUCUACAACAUCAAGAAGCAAGGACAAGUUUGGAAGGCCUGUGGAGAUCCCAAGGCAAAGCCUUCUUACCUGAUUGACAAAAACCUGGAGUCAGCCGUGAAAUUCAUCGUUAGAAAAUUCCCGGCCAUCGAGACACGCAACAACAACCAACAGCUUGCACAACUACAAAAAGAAAAGUCAGAAAUACUGAAGAAUUUAGCUCUAUAUUACUUCACCUUUGUGGAUGUUAUGGAAUUUAAGGACCACGUUUGUGAACUUCUGAACACUAUUGACGCUUGUCAAGUUUUCUUUGACAUUACUGUAAAUUUUGACCUCACAAAGAACUACCUGGAUUUAGUGGUGACAUACAUUACCCUGAUGAUGCUGCUUUCUCGAAUUGAGGAGCGCAAAGCGAUAAUCGGCCUCUACAACUAUGCCCACGAAAUGACACACGGUUCCAGUGAUCGAGAAUAUCCCAGGCUUGGACAGAUGAUUGUGGAUUAUGAGAACCCACUGAAAAAGAUGAUGGAGGAGUUUGUCCCUCACGGAAAAUCGCUGCAAGAUGCACUGGUCUCCCUGCAGAUGGUGUACCCACGCCGAAAUCUGUCUGCAGAUCAGUGGAGGAACGCUCAACUGCUCAGUUUGAUUAGUGCUCCCAGCACCAUGCUCAACCCAGCUCAGUCUGACACGAUGCCCUGUGAAUACCUAUCCUUGGACACCAUGGAGAAAUGGAUCGUCUUCGGGUUCAUCUUGUGUCAUGCGGCUCUGAACACUGACCCCGCAGCUCUCAGUCUGUGGAAGUUGGCCCUUCAGAGCAGUUCCUGUCUCUGUCUGUUCAGGGACGAGGUCUUCCACAUUCACAAAGCUGCAGAGGAUCUCUUUGUAAACAUUCGCGGUUACAACAAACGUGUCAAUGACAUCCGUGAAUGCAAAGAAUCUGCUCUGUCACAUGCGGGCUCCAUGCACAGAGAACGCCGCAAGUUCUUGAGAUCUGCCCUGAAAGAGCUUGCUACAGUGCUAGCAGACCAACCAGGCUUACUGGGUCCCAAGGCUCUGUUUGUGUUCAUGGCUCUCUCCUUCGCUCGUGAUGAGAUCAUUUGGCUGCUCAGACACGCCGACAACAUCCAAAAGAAAAGCACAGAUGACUUCAUUGACAAGAACCUGUCUGUCUGCCCAGAGGAUGAGUCCAUUAUUAUGUCAUCCUUCGUGAACACUAUGACCUCUCUCAGUGUUAAACAAGUUGAAGAUGGUGACGUGUUCGAUUUCAGAGGGAUGAGGCUGGACUGGUUUAGACUGCAGGCUUACACCAGCGUGUCCAAGGCCUCGCUAGGACUGGCAGAUCACAGGGAGCUGGGAAAAAUGAUGAACACCAUCAUCUUUCACACCAAAAUGGCGGACUCUCUGGUGGAGAUGCUUGUGGAGACUUCUGACGUUUCCAUUUUCUGCUUUUACAGCCGCGCCUUUGAAAAGAUGUUCCAGCAGUGUCUCGAACUGCCGUCCCAGUCUCGAUACUCCAUCUCUUUCCCUCUGCUCUGCACCCACUUUAUGAGCUGCACCCAUGAGCUCUGCCCUGAAGAGAGGCACCACAUCGGAGACCGCAGCCUGUCCCUUUGCAACAUGUUCCUGGACGAGAUGGCCAAGCAAGCCCGCAACCUCAUCACAGACAUAUGCACAGAGCAGUGCACCCUGAGCGACCAGCUACUGCCAAAACAUUGUGCCAAAACCAUCAGUCAGGCCGUGAACAAGAAGUCGAAAAAGCAGACGGGGAAGAAGGGUGAACCAGAGAGAGAGAAACCUGGGGUUGAGAGCAUGAGGAAGAACAGACUCCUGGUCACCAAUCUGGACAAACUACACACUGCUUUGUCAGAGCUCUGCUUCUCCAUCAACUACGUCCCUAACAUGAUGGUCUGGGAGCACACCUUCACCCCACGCGAGUACCUGACCUCCCACCUGGAGAUCCGCUUCACUAAGUCCAUAGUCGGGAUGACCAUGUACAACCAGGCCACACAGGAAAUCGCCAAACCAUCAGAGCUGCUCACCAGUGUGCGGGCCUACAUGACAGUGCUGCAGUCUAUCGAGAAUUACGUGCAGAUUGACAUCACUAGAGUGUUCAACAACGUGCUGCUGCAGCAGACCCAACACCUCGACAGCCACGGAGAACCAACCAUCACCAGCCUCUACACCAACUGGCUUAUGAUGUCCUUGUCUGGAAAGAUGUACAGAUUGCUUCAGACCUAUUCACAUAAUUCUUCUGCUUAUUUAUCAUACUGUCUUUUGUUGCCCUUGCAGAAACUUGUGGUGGACAAUGUGGAAGUUCUGACCCAGAUGAGGACCAGCUUUGACAAGCCGGACCAUAUGGCAGCACUCUUUAAGCGGCUCACAUCGGUUGACAGCGUACUGAAACGGAUGACCAUCAUCGGCGUGAUUUUGUCGUUCCGCUCUCUGGCUCAGGAAGCUCUCAGAGAUGUGCUGUCCUGCCACAUUCCCUUCCUGGUGAGCUCUGUGGAAGACUUCAAAGACCACAUUCCUCGUGAAACUGACAUGAAGGUCGCCAUGAACGUGUACGAGCUGUCUUCUGCUGCAGGCCUGCCCUGUGAGAUCGACCCUGCUCUGGUAGUGGCUUUGUCUUCCCAGAAGUCUGAAAAUAUUAGCCCAGAGGAGGAGUACAAGAUCGCCUGCCUGUUGAUGGUCUUCGUGGCCGUUUCCAUGCCGACCCUGGCCAGCAAUGUGAUGUCACAGUACAGUCCCGCAAUAGAAGGUCACUGCAACAACAUUCACUGUCUGGCUAAAGCGAUAAACCAGAUUGCCGCUUCUCUGUUCACUAUCCACAAGGGCAGCAUAGAGGAUCGCCUCAAAGAGUUCCUCGCGCUCGCCUCCUCCAGCCUGCUGAAGAUUGGACAGGAGACGGAUAAAAGCACUACACGGAACAGGGAGUCUGUUUACCUGCUCCUGGACAUGAUCGUACAAGAAUCACCAUUCCUCACCAUGGACCUCUUGGAAUCCUGUUUCCCGUACGUCCUGCUCCGGAACGCCUACCACGCCGUGUACAAGCAGUCUGUGUCAUCUUCCGCAUAAGGGUUCCCGUGCGUAGAGCACUCGAGGGGCGGAUACUUCAGCCCUCAUUCCAUAUUCCUCUGUAGGAUUCUCCGAUGUUAUAGUCUUACCAGUUCAAGACUUUUAAUGGGAUCAAAACUUUUAUGACACUGAAUAAAGUUGGAAAAAAAAUUGUUUAUUGACCACUUACAGUAAUCAAGUUUGAUCCCAGGGACUAGUGACACUAAGUAUCAUUUUGACCAUUUUUGUUUUGUUUGUGUUUUAAUUUGCAAUGGUUAAACAUGGAAACAAACACAUUAAAUAGUUAAUUGUGUAUUUUGGGACAUUGGGGGGAGGGCAAGGGUGAAUUAUUAAAAACUCUACAUCAUGCUAAAUGCUUGUUACGAUAACAGAUGCCUCUAUGAAACAGUGAUUCUUUUUUUGAUGUUGUUCUAGAUCUAAUCUGUGUGGAUUACUGCGUGCUUCUCUCUCCCUCCCUGUGAAUUUGCAUUUAUUUUCAUUACAUUUUGUGUUUCUUUGACAUACUUGCCAAAUUAAUGGAUAUACCUAACUGCAUCUCAUCUGGAUUGAAACAGCAGAAUUGUGCAUAACUACGUUAUAAAAGCAACCUAGUGUUGUCUGUACAAAGCAUAGUAUAAUUUUUUAACUAACUUUCAUGGUGCCUUGUGGCAUUGACACUCCAUUGUACCUGUCUGUGAGCUAUAAUAAACAUUCUUACAUAUUUA